AUGCCUGGGAGAGACCAAACCGUCCAGCAGCCAGAUGGGCGGCCAGAUGGGCGGCCAGAUGGGCGGCCGCAAGAACGAAAGGGAGGCGGCAUCAGCUACCGAAAGCUUCUGCUCGGAGGCGCCAUCUACCUGGGCAUCAACCUCGGCCUAUCCUACCUUUUCGCAAAAGACCAACGAGGCGUCCAAACCGCGGAUCCCAACACGGGCAGACCUAUUACAGUUGCCUCCAAUCUGGGCGAUAUCCCCCCUUUCGAGCUUCGUCCUGCUCACCUCAACCAAGGCGCGCAGUAUCAACGCAUUCCGCGCAAGAUCGCACCCAUCUGGCCCCAGGAUAGCCACCUUGACAUAACUGUUACGCUUUCUCCUUCCCUCAACCCGGUUUCCAUCUCGGAUACCCCGCCCCAGUACAUCGUGCUGCAGGAAAAGAACUUUCACAUGAGCAACAGCUCCGACAAGCGUGCUGUCGACACCAAAUUCGCCGUUCCCAAGGCCGUUCAGCGGAAUGGGACGCUCUGGGGCCACUUCUAUGUUGGCCUCAGCGGCAGCAACUUGGAUCCUCGGCAGCCUGGUUACGACACCGCCAAGGCUUACCAUUUCGCCUACCCGCUGACACAGUAUCUGCCCAAGAAAAGGAUUGCCAAGACCAGGAACCUCCUUGAUGCCCGGGUUGCCCAAGAUGAGGCAGAGGUCGACGAGGAACCUUCUUUGGGGCCCGUCUUCGCCAGUCACUACCACCCAAACGCUAGUUUUUCCUUUGUCCCAGCAGUGGGUGUAAAGGACUUUACUCAAAUGCAUCCUGCGGUCAAGCACUUCCUCCAACUCGAAGCCACGGGCGCCCGCGACGGAAGCGGCGAGAACGGCUGGUAUUAUCCCCUCUUGUUCAUCAACAACUUUUGGCAGCUUACUAGCCACAUGACGGUGCUCAACGAAACAGUCACAGAGCUCCCCUUGCACAUCGACCUGACCAACAUGCCCUUCUGGAAGUUUAGCACGCUCGCGUCCAUUGAGCUGAACUCGAAAGAAAACGCCCGGCGGGCCGCGCUCGGUCAUUCCAUGUCGGCCGGCGGUGACGGGUCGGAGAUUGAAAUGGUCAAGGAGGUGCUGAUGGACACCAACCCCAUUCUGCUGGGAGUCACCGUCUUGGUCAGCAUCGCGCACGUUAUUCUCGAGACGCUUGCUUUCGGCUCCGACAUUGCCCACUACCGCAAGAAGAAGGACAAUGUGGGCAUCUCUGUUCGCUCCAUUCUCGCCAACGUCUUCAUGCAGACAGUCAUCUUCCUGUACCUGCUCGACAAUUCCCAAAACACGAGCUGGAUGAUCCUCGGGUCCCAGGUGGUGGGCAUCGUCAUCGAGUUCUGGAAAGUGACGACGGUGGUCAAUGUGCGCUUCCGGCCCGCGCCACCCGGGUCGUGGCUGCCGUACUCGGUCGUAUUCGAAGACAAGCAUAAGCUCACCGAGACGGAGGAGAAGACCAAGCAGUACGACGAGAUUGCCUUCAAGUACAUGUACGCUGGGGCGGUGCCCCUCCUGAUUGCGUACGGCGUCUACUCGCUGGUGUACGAGUCUCACAAGUCGUGGUACUCCUUUGUCAUCACCACGCUUGUCGGGUCGGUGUACGCUUACGGCUUCCUCAUGAUGGUGCCGUCGCUGUACAUCAACUACCGCCUGAAGAGCGUGGCCCACAUGCCCGCCAAGGCCAUGAUGUACAAGUUCCUCAACACCUUCAUCGACGACCUGUUUGCAUUCACCAUCAAAAUGCCCUUCCUGCACCGUCUGGCCACGCUGCGCGAUGACGUCAUCUUCUUCGUCUAUCUGUACCAGCGCUGGGCCUACAAGACCGACUACACCCGCGUCAAUGAGUUUGGACAGGGCGGCGACGACGAGGAGGAGCCGUUGCAGAGGGGGCAGGGGCAAAAAGCCGUCGAAGGCAAGCAGGUCGAAGGUGAGCAAAUCGAUGCCAAGCAGGCCGAUGCCAAGCAGGCCGAUGCGAAGCCCAAGGGCAGUGCCUCCGGCGUCGACACUGGCAAGGUCACGAAGAGAAAGUAA